AUGAUGAAAUCGCGGCCCCUUGAGGCUAGAACUGCUCUUUCUCAUCCUCUACCUGAUACCUCGUUCUCCGUUGUUGCUGAUGCCUCCAAAUUUGCCAUAGGCGCUUCUCUCCAGCAACAAACCCCGACGAAAAUCCAACUCCUAUCCUUCUACUCUGCCAAACUGACACCCUCUCAGGCUCGUUAUAGCACUUUUGGUAGCGAACUCCUUGCUAUUUAUCUCGCCAUUAAGAAUGUUCGCAGCCAUCUUGAAAGCAGAUAUUUUUGUAUGCAUAUUGACCAUAAACCUCAUACUUAUGCUUUUUCGACUUCCUCUGACAUGCAUUUAUCCCAUAGGGCCUACCAUCUUGAUUUUAUCUCUUAAUAUACCACGGACAUCCAAUUUUUCAAAAGACCUGUCGAGAUGGAAUGGUCGAUAAGACAGAGAUUCCCGAAUCAGAAGGCAGGUAAGACGGAUUGGAUUAAACAACUUUUACUGUUGCGGAAAUGUGUACACAACGGCGCUGCAAUCAGUUGCUGCGAGCGGUCCCCCAGGCAAGUUGUGUUGUGUCCGCGGUUGAGAUGUCUAUACUCCAGCGCGUGUGUGCGCCUUUAGCUCUGCCUCAGUGUCGCCAGCCAAUCAGAGAGGGGGCAAUGUUGAUUGGCCCCGAGCGCUCGCGGGGCCAGUGACAAGCCUCUCGCGUCCCGGCAGCGAAUCGACAGGGAGUUUGGGGCGAACAAGAGGGCUGCGCAGCAAAGCGGCGAGGAGCAGGGAGGCGCGGACUCUCCCAGACCCUUUUAUCAGGCCGUCGACUAUCUAACCCGACCUGGAAUCAGUACCCCUGCCCGUCCUUCCAUCGACGUGGGGCGCGUUGCCGAGCAGCAGCAGCAGCAGCAGCAGCAGCAGCAGCAGCAGCAGCAGCAGCAGCAGCAGCAGCAGCAGCAGCAGCAGCCGAAUUUUCUUGAACAAUUGGAACGCACUAUCCCUCGGAUUAAAGCCGUCCCUCUGAUCGCUACCUCCAACACAGUCUUAUUAGACACGUCGCGCGGUUUCUUUCACCAUAGGUGAGAAGCGACGAGAUGCUUUAUCGCGUUGCACAAUCUCGCUCAUCCUGGCAUUCGAGUUACUCAGCGCCUCUUUGGGGACCGUUUCGUCUGGCCCAGCAUAAACACUGAUAUUCGCCAAUGGACUCCCUCAUGUUUGGCUUUGACAGAAGGUCAAAAUCGGACGACACAAUAAAUAGUGCCUUUUACUGAACCCGACGCUUAUUUUGCACAUGUCACCAACGAUCUGGCGGCUCCUAUCCCAACCUCCCGCGGUUGUGGCCGUUUGCUCACUGCAGCUAGCCGAUUUACGUGAUCGUCCAUUGCAAUUGGGGAUCCAAACAUCAGUUCGGAUACUGCCAGCCGUGUCCUUUGAAACAAUGAAUUUCCCCUUUUGCUGUCCCCAACAACCGAGGCCAGCAAUCUGAGUUUAGACUCUCUAAUACCCCUACCGACUUCCUCGGAUGCUCUUGCAAACGCACAACAGUCUACCAUCCUUUAAACAACUGUCUACUUGAGCGUUUCCAAUGGUUUGGUCGUCGUUGCCGACGAUGUCCUCCAUGUGUUAUGCAGCGAGCUGAGGGCAGGCAUGGUGAAUUGCGCGCGAUUUAGUUUAUAGCGAGUGUAGGCUUGCGCAGCAUCUACCGCACUCUCUCCUCCUACUUCCUACCUGUACCAGGUGUCAAGACAGAGUUAAAAAGAUGGGAGGCGGGGGGGGAGGGGGAAGGUGGGUGGCAUGGUCGAGGCCGUACCAUGUCGCUCCAUCCCACAUCCCCUGGUCCACAUAGAAAUGACCAGGAUUUUAACCAGCAACACAAAUGGGGGGAGGGUAGCAGGGGUCCCAAUAUGCUCGACGUUAGCUGGCAACUGCGUCUGCCACCGCACCCCGAUAUGUUGCCAUUUGUUUCCGUGCACAUUCCGAUAACGCCUGUCAGGAUCCGAUAUGGCCCCCGUGUUGGUCCAGCGUAUGUUACACGUGGCCUGUUUGGGGGCCCCUUUGAGUGUCACCACCGUCAACUGAAAACUUCGCUACGGGCAUAUGACAAUUCCACUCAGUGGAGCUACCAUCUGCCUUUGGUCAUCUUCGGUAUCCACACAGCGUUCAAACCCGACUUGGAGUGCUCCAUCGCAGAUCUUGUUUACUGGACUACCCUACGGAGGCCGGGCGAUUUUUUCGGGUCGCCUAAAGCUUAGCCGAUCUGAAUGCUGCUUAUUCCCAACGGUUGCGCCAGGCAAUGGCUACUCUCCUAGCCAUACCUCCACGCGUUCUGACGAGUAGGUUAUAUAUUGACUCGAACUUGCUAACAUGUUCUUUUGUACUUUUCCUCGUAUGUAAUGUUGGUAAACCAGUACAACAACCUACAACGUACCCAUUCGAAUCCUGUCGCGCAAGGCCAAGCACUUCAAAAUCGCCUGUGGAGGGUCUCAGUCUAUCAGUUGGAGGUAGUUUAUACCGACUCUUAUUCGCCAAACCCAAUAGAUCAGCCUUCUUCACUUGCCGCGGUGCCUUCUCCAAUUUCCUCACCUCCGCUUACACCUCAUGACCCUGUUCAUGUCCAUAUCCCUCCUCCCCCCCUCCCUGCGCGCAGUGAUAGUCAUGUCAGUUUCCCUGAUCGUUACCAACUUGAACAUUACGCCUAACGCUUCCAUAUUUAACAUCCAUUUAGCAUAUCCGAACUCCGUUCUCCCUGACCGGGAAGUAUUGUGCUGUGACAAAAUGAUCCUGUAAAACUUAGACGCAAGCUGUCGAUAACAAGUGCUAACAUCGGGCUGCAUUCUCGUGGCUACAUUGUUUCUCCUCAUUCUUCUCACGUGUACGCCCGCGUAUAUCCACCCUUUAUGUCCAAGUAUAGACCGGUCUAUAUAGUACACUAUUGUUAUACCAGGUGUUGUCCUCACCGCCGCCAGUAACAGUAGUCAACGGUAAUUCAGAAUGACUAGCAAGUCGAUCAAAAGUGAAAAAGUUCCAACUACCAAAGAUGACCGCACCUAAAAAACCUACUACAUUAGAAAGGCUCUGUUUUAAAGUUGGUUCAUGUGCUCACGAACCUCGCUGGCAUCUCAGAGCGACGCGGGUAAGUCUUCCGAAGCAGGGUUUCCGAACGGACGGCCAAUUUUUGCCUCAAUUUGUCCCGACUUUUUGUGCUACUUGAGGACUUGCUUACUUGGUCGCAUUGCAGCCUGACAGGUUGUUCGCAGCCUCCACCAAAUGGGGACGUCUCCCGUUAGUAGCCAGCCGGCGAUCCGAUUUACGAGCGACUACGACAGAGGACAUAAAUACUGACUGAUUAAGGUGCGAUAAUGAAGUCCCGUUUGUCGCAGCUGCUGACUGCUUGGUUCGGUCUCACUCACUGGCACAUGUGUGUUGAGCGCACAUGGAGAUAAUUUCAUGUUCAGUCUUAACUGCUGAUCGGCGGAAGCGUUUAUCAGUCCUUACUUUCAUUAUCGGUUCUUCAAGGGCUUCCACCUCUUAACAAGGCUACGAAAUAUCCGUUUUCCACAGCUCUUUCUUCGGAGACUUCCGACAUCUGGAUGUGUUGUGUUGGAAAGACAGAAACUUUCUGUGUUGGUAGAGGGGCACUCGCCAAGCGUUCUUACGGAAUUCGCUCGUCCCGUUGUGUCUUAUGGACUCUCUCUCUCAAGCCCAACCAGCAGCCGCAGUGAGAGAGAGAGCCCGUUAUGCACAACGGAACGAGUGGGUUCCGUAAGAACGAUCGGUGAGCUCCCCUCUACCAUUGUACAUCUCCGACCGAAUCUGACAGGACAACGAGCCCGUGGCUCAGUGGUUAGAGGCGUUGGACUUCUAACUAACAGGUCGCGAGUUCGAGCCCCAGGUGUUCCACGCUUCGGGGUUGGGUAUGACUGGCUGACAACGGCUAAUAAGCCAGAAACGGCCAUUCCAGUCUCCCUUGUCUUUUUCGAUAAUAACAUUUUACUUUGUGUGUUAGCAGCAGCAGCAGCAGCAGCAGCAGCAGCAGCAGCAGCAGCAGCAGCAGCAGCAGCAGCAGCAGCAGCAGCAGCAGCAGCAGCAGCAGCAGCAGCAGCAGCAGCAGCAGCAGCAGCAGCAGCAGCAGCAGCAGCAGCAGCAGCAGCAGCAGCAGCAGUAG